GCGAAGAGAAAGAGUCGUGUGUUAGCACAAACACAACUAGCCUAGCCGUGAUCGUGCUAUGAGCACUGGCUCAGCUAUUAUCCCACAUUAUCUUGACAAAUAUCAUCGAGAAAAACCUCGUCAGACUCGAGCAAACGACGUCGGCUACGUUUUCAACUGUGUCAGAUUUCCAGAACUCACUUCAUCUGGAACAGUGACACUGUAGCACCGCUGGCCGCCCAGUAACCCACAAAAUAAUGUGCUGCAGCUGAAGAUGGGGGGUAGCGGCUCCAAGUCCAGAGGAUUUUGGCCUUUUUCUGGCUCAGGUAGUGUGGAUGAUGCAGCCAAAGAUGGAGAUGAGCAGUCGAUGGCCAGAGUACGAAGUUUCCCCGGCGCAACACCCUUCGUGUUUACUAGACGAAGCUCUUUGUUCUUCGAUGAAGACGGUGAUUUGGCCCAUGAGUUCUACGAAGAAACGAUUGUGACAAAGAAUGGGCACAAAAAGGCCAAACUGAAAAGAGUUCUUAGAAAUCUCACACCUCAGGGAAUUAUAAAGCUGGACCAUCCGUGCAUCCAUGUAGAUUUCCCAGUUGUCAUUUGUGAAGCCUGACGACGUGUCCAGGAUCGUCUCACACGAGCCGCCGUGUGAACUCCGUCCCGUGGUUGUCUUUCAGCUGGAACCCUGAACUACCUUUUGAAAUAUCAACAACAAUAUUUAAAUGUGAUGUUCUCAUGUGGACAUGCCUAAUGCUGAGCCUCUGCAUGUGAUGUUUAGGCUUGUGAACAGACACAGUGCAGGUCACCAGUGGCCGGGGUAAAGAAAGAUGUCAAUCUGUCGACUUGUCCUCGUUGGCAGAUUGUGGUUUGCGUGCAUGUGUGUUUUGGUAUGUGUGCAAGAUGGAACCAGACAGUCCUGAAUUUGGUUGCUGCCAUUUAAUUUUCUUUUUGUGAUUCACCGAACUCCAGACGUUCAAGGGAAAAGUAAUGGGUUCUUUCUCGUCACACUUGUAAAAACACCGAGCAGCGAAGUUUGUGUGCACACAUUAGUUUUUGACUCCAUCUAGACUGGUUUUAUUAUGCAUGAAACAGGAUCUGCUGAAGGGUGAGAGGCUGCAGGAGAUCAGGUCUGACCUCGGUGACCUCUGGAGCUCACGUGUAAACAGCAGCAGUGAGUUUAACUGGAGAUCCUGUUUGUUUUUCUUUGCAGCUUCGACAUAUCGUGUUAAACACACAUUUAAUUUAUUACAACAGUUUUUUAAUUAAAAAAAAUUAUACGCCAAAACGUGUAACGUCUUUUGU